CACUAACACUUCUCAAAUAUUACGCGUAAAUUUAUCGAAAAAAUGCCUAAAAGGAAGUUUAAGGACAGUGAGGUCGAUUAUAUUAAUUAUAAAAUAAGAAAAUUGGAACGAAAAUUGGACGUAUUACGUACACGUAGAGAAUCGUCGACCUCUUCGUCAUCAUCGGAGUCCCUUAUACUACAAUAUAAUAAAGGCGAGGAAAUUGUGGUUUGCUCAAGGCCACCCAGUCCAAUAGAAGAAGUUGAAAUUACGACGGAAAAUGCGGAGAUGGACAUACCGCAUCCUGAGGUACCUAUAACGUCUGAUGAUGUUGCAAUUAUUAAUGAGGUACCGGAACCCGUAGAAGUACCUACGCUGGAAAAUGAGAACCUGCCCGACGAGAUCAUAGAAAUUUUGGGACAAGACCCAACAUCCAUUUCCGAAUAUAGUUCAGAAAUUCGUAAAGCGUUAGCCGACCGCUUAAUCCAUAUAGCCACUACAGGUCUUGAUAAGGAAGCGCGCAAGGAAUUGUUUCGAAACAAAAAAUAUUUCAUUCCUAGCAACUGCAAGCAAAUCGCGGCACCGUUACUCAAUCUUGAAAUCAAGGCCGCCUUGACGGAACACGUGUUAAAACGCGAUAAGGGUAUGGAAGCUAGACAAAAACAAAUCGCUUCAGCCAUUUCUUGUUUCGCUCAAGUAAUGGACUUACAAAUACAAAAUCAGGCAGAUAGCAAAAUAAUAAAGGACAUUAUGGAAGGAUUAAGGAUGCUUUGCGAUAUUCAAUACACGGACUCAAUGAAAAGAAGAUAUUUUAUCUCGUCAUGCCUCAAAAAAGAAGUGAAUGAUCAUCUUUCACAAACAAAAAUAGAUAAGUAUAUUUUUGGUAAAAAUGUAGCUGAGACUUUAAAGACUGCUAAGAUAGUCUCGAAGUCGGGAACAGAAAUAAGGGUUCAAGACGUUAACAGUAAAACAGUAAUUAAGAGAAAAACACAACCUCAACCGUCAACCUCAAGAGGUUUAAACUGGAAAGCUCCGCCGGCGCGCAGGCAGCCGGCCCAAACCAGGAGCCGCCCGCCUGUUCACGCGCAGAAGCCCGACUACUCAUCGAAAGGGUCGCGGCAGCAGCAGCAGCAGCAUCAGCAACGGAACACGCGCCGAUUUUAAACGAGAUGGAACGUACAGAAAAACCUUACCCUGGUUGCCGGGAUAUUAUACGGCGGUCGUUACUACGACGAGACGUCCC